AUGACAGGAGAUGUGGUUGUUGCCGCGGCAGCACAGCAGGACAGAUCUGAGACAGUCAAACACUCUUCCUCCUCCACCUCCUCCUCUUCCUCCUCCACCUUCUUCUUUUUUAUGAUUACUCCUCCGUCCUCCUGCAGCCGUGCGUCUGCUCCUCUCCUCACACCUGGACUGAACCUGCCUCCAGCUUCUCCACCACUCCUCCUCUUCUUCAUCAUCAUCAUCAUCAUCUGUGGUAAGUAGGAUGAAAACUGCUCCAGAUAGCAGCGCUCACACGGCUGAGAAUAGAAAAAGGAGGGAAGCCGAGAGGAGGACAGGAGAGGAGUGGGACGAGGGGGGGCAGUUUGUGUGUGUGUGGGGGGGUUUAAUAGAAGUAAAGUCGGAAAGUUUGAAAGAAAAAAAGAGGAGAAGAAGAAAGAAGGGAAAAAGUAGAAAAAAGGAAAGAGAUGAAGUUUGGAGUUUGGAAAAAACUGCUGCAGAGAAAGAGAAAAAAACGUGUGUGUGUAUGUGCGUGCGUGUGUGUGUGUGCAUGGUCUGUAUGUCUGUUUGUGUAUGUUCUGUGUGUGUGUGUGUGUGUGUGUGUUGAGGUUGACGUAAUCCAUCUGUAUGAAUAAGUGAUGUAGUUCUGUGUGUUUGCUAUUAACAGUGGUUAGCAUUCACACACACACACACACACACACACACACACCUGCACGCACACACAGACCUUCCCAUGCAUGCACGCACACACACACACACACACACACACACACACACACACACACACACACACACACACACACACACACACACACACACACACACUCAGCUCAUGAAUAUUCACACACCUUCCUCCUGUAAUAACACUGUUUUAGUUUGGGCUCUAAAAUCCUGAUUCAGAGUUUAAUCUAAACUUUGGUGAGAAUGAGAGAAAAGAGGAGGAGGAGGAGGAGGAGGAGGAGUGGAGGGAGUCGUGACAGCUGUGGCACACCUGCUGUGAUGUCUCUUUGCAUGUCUGUGGUCUCUAAAUCCCCCCUCCCCACUCUUUGAAAAUCCUCCCACAGAUUGGAGGUUUGAUGUGAAAUUAACUUAGAGGAGGACGCUGCCGCCGCUGUCAUCUCCACAAACAGAGCAGAGAGCGCAUGUGUUAGGGACUAUUUUCAGAGGCGGAUGGAUCCACGUGUUUGCUGCUGUAGUAGAUAUUUGUGGCUGCAGGAUGUUGUGUGUGGGCUGGAGUCAAAAUAAUGGAGCGGGUAUGUGUGUGUUCAGGGUGAAACAGGGAGGACAUGACUGUGUGUCAGAAAUAAAGAGGUUUGAGAGGAUCUGUUCUUUGGUUCAUUUGAUGUUUCUUCACGUUCAUGCAGAAGACCUCUUCUUCUUCCUUCUCUAAGAUCUUCCUGUGCUGCAGAUGUCCGAGCUCUAUGCUGAUGUAAACAUUAUUUUCCCAAUAUUAAAAAAAAAAAAAAUCUGCGUUUUAAUCUUGGACAUCGACACAAAUAGUUGUCAAAGUGUGAGACUGUGUGGUGAAAGUGUGGUGGACUGAUCCCAGGCUGUUCUGAAGGACCUCAAAGAGAUCCAGACCAGAUUUACUGAGACCAGGACAGAGCUGAUUUCACUAUAUGGUCUGAAUGCAGAGUUCUAGAAUACUAGGUUCUUGGGGGCUCGGUCCAAGAGUGUUUCAGAGUGAAAAGUCAGAGAAUGUUUUAAAAUUAAAUUUUUAUCAGGCAGAAACAUUCAAAAUGAGUCAAAUCACAAUUAUAAUUUGUGGCAAAGCAAACAAACAUAUUCUCCAGUCUAUUACCCUCCCUUUCAUUUUAUAAUAUGUAAAGUAAGAACAUUUGAACAAUGGAUGUCACAUUUUCUCAUUUUCCACAAGAUCUGCCAAUAUCAGUUUUCAGUUGUCCAAGUACUUUAAUAGUCUGGUACUUUAUGUAUCAGAGUUAUUUAGAGCAGUUCAGCUCUCAGUGCUCUUAUGUAUCUGAUCCACCAACGUCUCUUAAAUGUCUUAAAUGUAAAUUUCCUGAACAGUUCCUCGUCAGAAUUCCAGUGUCGAUGAGUUGGGUUGUAACCACUUCCUUGUUAUUGUCUUCUUUGGCAAAGUCUGCGAAGUUUUAAAGUGAUGGGUUUUCAGCUGAAGGGUUUUAGACUUUCAGGUUUUAGACUUUCUGGUUUUAGGAUCCUGGGUUUUCGAAUACGGCUGUAGGGGUUGCUCUUAUGCUGCGUCCCAGUUACCUCAAAAGUCGGGAUUUCUGAAGUCAGAGUUGAAAAUUCAUCUGAAACGCCCCCCUGAAGUCGGAUUUAUGGCUCGGAAAGACGGACGAUCCUCGCCAACCCCGACUUAACAAUGUCAUAUUCCAAGAUGGCAACGCCGUGCAUCAACAGUAAAGAGUAACAGUGAAAGCUCUCAUAAUGUAUUAUUUAUUAUCACCUCUGUUUUGUUUUUGUGAAAUUAAAUAAGUGGUUUAUGUUGUACUGCCCAACGUCUAACUGUGAACAACAACUAACAACAACUGAGAAAAACUGACAAUGGCUAACGACAGCUGACAAUUGUAAACAACAGCUAACAAUGAGUAACCGUAGGCAUCCAUCUUAGUUUUCUGACUUGUUAACUGGAACACCGUCAACUCGGGUGUAACAUCAUUCCCAGCUCUGACGUCCGAGGUAACUGGGAUGCAGUAUAAUAUUUCAAAAACUGAUGAACAACCUUUAAUUUACGUCAAUAAUUGAGCUUUCUGCACUGAAACCAAGGGAACUCUGUAGACCUCCACACAGACAGCCUGUAGUCACAGAGUCACUCAUAUUAAAAAUCAGAGUGCCCCCUACAGGUGGAGUGAACACAAAAAAACAGACGAUCGGUGACCUCAGAUGAGCUCAUGCAGACUGAUGAGAACUCUGUGACUUUGUUAUCCAUUAAAUUUCCUGUCCUGGACUAAAGUUAGACCAUAGACUGUAUCUAGAAUGGAUGCCGUCUGCCUCCUCUCUUGGUUAAGCCUCUCUGAGAACAGCACCCUCUGGUGACGGGUGGCAGUAUAGGUCAUAAAUCCCGCCUCCUUAUGGAGUUGUGAACAAACUUUAUAAACUAAUGACACAGAAUAUAAAUGUUUCUCCCCCCUGGUUGUGAUGUUGACAUGUAGUUACUAAGGGUGUGGAAAAUAAUCGAUAUCAAUCGAUGCAUCGAUGCGCAUGUGCGCGAUGCGACUGCGUCGGCUCAUUCACUGGGUAUCGAUGCAAUUGACGGGUUAAAUCUAGAUUCAUCUAGAUGCGUUGGUGGGUAUCGGUAAAAUCCGAUGCAAGCGCCGUUUUAUUCAUGUUAAACUUCACCCCAUCUGCUGUUCCCCAGGCGCAUUGAAUGCACCAUCAUUUUUUCACGUUUUGUAUUGAAUACGGACGGAAGCCUUGAGGGACAUACAAUGCACUACUACUAAAACAGCAUGGACCACAUUCAAGUGAGCAGCAGCGAGAAAGAGUUUAUAUGUAAUGCACCCGCUACGUUUAAAUCAUAUGUUUGGAAACACUACGGAUUUGCAAAGAAAGACGGAAAGCUCGACAAAACGUCCGUCAUUUGCAAAGAAUGCCGCGUUAAGAAGCCGUACAACGGCAGCACGACAAACAUGCAGACCCACUUAAAAAGAGAACACCACAUCACCGACAAGUCUAACGCCACCUCCCCUCCAUUAACAUUGAUUGCACUGUUGAAAGUGUCCCUUUAGGUUACUCAUUGAGAGUGUUUUGUUGUUGCUGUUCACUGUUCUUUUUACAGAAGUAAUUAUUGUGUAAUUGUUUUACUCUUUUAUUAUUGCAGAACUCACUCAAAUCACUGAUUUUGUGGCCAGUUAGAAAGUCAACUCUAGCACAUUGGUUUGGCAGACAGUAGUAUGGCCAUUGAAUGGUUUAUUUGCACCAUGUUAGGCAGUGCAUUAGUUGUUUAAUAAUGUGUACUGUAAUAUUAGCCAACAAGUAUAGAGCACUUGUGUGAUGUAGGGUUGGGAUUGGAAUCCUUUUUUUUUUUUUUUGAUUUUAUUGAUUCAGAUUCCUUAACAGUUGCAGGAGGUCUGUCUAAUCUGUGUAACUGUACAAAAUGAAGGAGCAUAGAAAAAAGACAAAAAGCACUUUUGUUGAAUUAACUGCUAAGUGCCUUUAAGGAAUAAAGCCAAAUCCUUUUUGUAGUACCAUACUGAAUUCCAUCUUUUAUUUUUAUUUCUUUUUUUUUCUUUGCUUAUUUGCAUCAUGUUGAAUUGCAUCAUAUCGCAACAAAUUGCAUCAUAUCGUAUCGGUUCGCAUUGAUUUGAACUAAAUGAUAAUUGUAUCGUAUCGCAUCGUGAAGAGGGUGAAUCGUAUCGCAUCGUAUCGCCAGAAAAUUCCAUGUAUCGUUAAAGUAUCGUAUCGCUGGCAGUGCAUCGAGAUGCGUAUCGAAUCGUCCUCAGUGCUGAGAUUCACAUCCCUAGUAGUUACUGUCAGACUGGUUUGUGCUCAAGUCCUCUUUUUUCUGUACAGCUCCAUUUUUAAAAGUUAUUAGGGGUUCAUGUUUUCUAUGAUUGACACUUGCUACAGCCUAUGGGCGUACAAAGGUUGCGUAGCUCACCUAGGGGAUACGCUGUUUGAGCUGAGCGUCAUCACAGCGACUCUCUGUGACUCUCCCGCUGAAUGCGUACAACGCUAAUGCGCAAUGUUGGUUUCAGGAAGUGGAGAAAAAAAUGCAGAAUUACCGAGAACUUUUCGGCUUCAAAUCCGUAAACUGGAGGAAGGAAGAACCAAGUUGUCCAGAGGAGAUACAGGCUACGGGUAAGACUCAGAGGUGAUUCCUGAAGCUACUGUGGCUUUAAAUAAUGGACAUUUCCCCAAAAUUGAUUUUAAACUGAUCAAUCAAAGUUCAUUAUUGGUUUGAUCAGGAAGAAGAAAAAAAACACUUUAAUAAAAGUGAUGGAAUGAGGUGAAGCUCUGCAGACACACCUUAAUCCAAGAUUCAGACUCUUCAGUCUGACUGUUUCCUGUUUGUUUCUACUAGACUGUGUGUGUGUGUGUGUGUGUGUGUGUGUGUGUGUGUGUGUGUGUGUGUGUGUGUGUGUGUGUCUGUGUCUGCUGCAGUGAAGUGCUGCUCACUGAUGGUCGUCUAAUGGUUUCACACAAACACUCAGACUGACCAGCCAUGUGCUGCUCCUCAUCACUGUGUGUGUGUGUGUGUGUGUGUGUGUGUGCGUGCGUGCGUGCGUGCGUGCGUGUGUGUGUGUGUGUGUGUGUUUCCACUCUCCUCUGUUCUUGAGCAGCUGGGUUUUUCUUUCAGAGGAGAGAACUUCUCCUCAGUCUGGUCUUCCUCGUGUUUCAGACUUUUUUUAUUGAGUAAAACCAUCAUGAAGGUUUUCAGGUGCGCCCCCUAGUGGUCUGAGAAACUGUGACUCAAAGUCAGACUGGUCUUCAGAAUCUUUGGUGGAGCUGCAGACAUGAGGAGGGACCACGACGGAUCCCCUCUCUCCCUGAAACCACAUUAAAGGUGGGGUAGUCAGGAUCUGAGUUAGUUCCAGUUUUUAGAAGAAAUCUUGACCAUAAACUCUUCCCCCCCAACCAGUUUUCCCCUCAGCUCCUCCUCUCCUCUCCCCUCCCUCCCAAACAGACACUCCUGCUUGUUGGUAUCGUUCCAAUUAAAUUCAGAUAUAAUGCAGAUAAAUACUUCAGAUCAUUACAAAUGGGGCCCAGUCAAGGUGAAAGUCAAAAGCACUGGUGCUACUGUAGAUGCCAACAGACUACCAGCAAACACAAUGUUUGCAGGACUUCUACAACUAGGAUAAAGUGACAUAGACCAGGACCCGAGGUCAACAGUUUCGCGGCGCUACAACACGCUACAGCAGGUCCGUUUGACAAGAAACACUUCUGUUACAGACACUUGUCUUACUUUGUUAAAGCGGUUUACCUGUCCAGCAGAAAGGUUACAGGGUCACCAAGAUCCCCAAGCGUCCCCCAUCGUUUAUGUUGACCCGGCUUUUUAGCUCCUGUCCGGUCUACCUCCGUUUUAAGCGCCCGUUAUUCCUCCAGAGUCUCCAGUAUUUACUUUGUUUUCUUGCUUGUGUCGGCAGUCGUGGUCAAAGGAGGAUUCAGACAAUUUUCCGAACUUUCUGUUUGGUUUCUACUGUCCGAUAUUGUAGCACGCUAACUUUGUUUGGGCUCCUGAUCGACACCGGGGGAGCAGCGUUUUCUUGUUGACUGUUUUCUUGCUGACUGUUUUCUUGUUGACUGUUUUCUUGUUGACUGUUUUGGUUUUGACUGUUUUCUUGCUGACUGUUUUCUUGUUGACUGUUUUGGUUUUGAGUGUUUUCUUGUUGACUGUUUUCUUGUUGACUGUUUUGGUUUUGACUGUUUUCUUGCUGACUGUUUUCUUGUUGACUGUUUUGGUUUUGACUGUUUUCUUGUUGACUGUUUUGGUUUUGACUGUUUUCUUGUUGACUGUUUUGGUUUUGACUGUUUUCUUGUUGACUGUUUUCUUGUUGACUGUUUUCUUGCCGACUGUUUUCUUGUUGACUGUUUUGGUUUUGACUGUUUUCUUGUUGACUGUUUUGGUUUUGACUGUUUUCUUGCUGACUGUUUUCUUGUUGACUGUUUUGGUUUUGAGUGUUUUCUUGUUGACUGUUUUCUUGCCGACUGUUUUCUUGUAGACUGUUUUGGUUUUGACUGUUUUCUUGCUGAAUGUUUUCUUGUUGACUGUUUUGGUUUUGACUGUUUUCUUGUUGACUGUUUUCUUGCUGACUGUUUUCUUGUAGACUGUUUUGGUUUUGACUGUUUUCUUGCUGACUGUUUUCUUGUUGACUCUUUUGGUGUUGACUGUUUCUUGUUGACUGUUUUCUUGUUGACUGUUUUGGUUUUGACUGUUUUCUUGCUGACUGUUUUCUUGUUGACUGUUUUGGUUUUGACUGUUUUCUUGUUGACUGUUUUCUUGCCGACUGUUUUCUUGUUGACUGUUUUGGUUUUGACUGUUUUCUUGUUGACUGUUUUCUUGCUGACUGUUUUCUUGUAGACUGUUUUGGUGUUGACUGUUUUCUUGCUGACUGUUUAUGUUUGAGUCUUUUCUUGCUUGUGUCGGCAGUCGUGGUCAAAGGAGGAUUCAGACAAUUUUCCGAACUUUCUGGUUGGUUUCUACUGUCCGAUAUUGUAGCACGCUAACUUUGUUUGGGCUUGUGAACGACACGGGGGACUAGCGUCUGCCUCACAACCAAUCAGCACUAAUGCUGCGUUCGAGUUUCCUCCGAAGUAAGACGUCAGAGCUGAAAAUGACGUCACACCUGGGUUCCCAGUGAUUCAGUUACGAAGUCGGAAAAAAGCUAAAACAAGGUGGUUAUAUCUACGAUAAUUAUUUAAGCGAUAAUUGGGCCAGUUAGCUUAGUUAUUUUAGCUCUUGCCUUAUAUUCGGACAAGGCAAGCACUAAGAUAUCUUUCGUAGAUGUAGCCAUCUUGUUUCCACCUCCGAUUUUACUUUUCCGACUUCAUAACUGAAAAGCUGGUAACUCGAAUGUGACGUCAUUUUCAGCUCCGACUUUUGAUUUCCGGGGUAACAAGAACGCUUUUUAGCUCCUGUCCGGUCUACCUCCGUUUUAAGCGCCCGUUAUUCCUCCAGAGUCUCCGGUAUUUACUUUGUUUUCUAACUUGUGUUGGCAGUCGUGGCCAAAGGAGGAUUCAGACAAUUUUCUGAACUUUCUGGUUUGUUCCUACUGUCCGAUAUUGUAGCACGCUAACUUUGUUUGGGCUCGUGAACGACACGGGGGAGCAGCAUCUGCCUCACAAACAAUCAGGUUAGAGGAGGUGGAGAACGGCUUCGUUUACAGUCAGAAAGAGUGGGCCGCUCAAAAAUGUUAAAAUAUUGACUAUACAGACAUAAGCGAACACAGAGAUAUUGUUAUAUUCCCAAAUGUCAUCAAUAACUAAUAACUAUUGACUGAUAUUAAAAGAUUUUUUGUAUAUACACCACAAAAAAAGAUGCUUCUUUCACGGAUUCCUGACUACCCCACCUUUAACUAAGUCCUGCCUUUUUACUGUCAGCUGAUGUUUACACGGACAUUACGCGGCUAAAACCAGCAGCUGGAGCACCUGUCCUGUUUCUGGGUGGAUGUGAAGCGGGUCUACAGAUCUGGAUCUCUGGGAUGAGGACUUUACAGAGCCACUGACAGAAGCUCAGUUUAUCAGACUCUGACUCCAGAUCCCCUCUCUCCCUGAAACCACAUUAAGUCUCCUGCUCUCUGCUCCGAGGACGCGGUCUACAGAAAAUCCACUGACUCAGGUCCAGUUCUCUCACUGUCAUCAUAACCAUAAAAACCAGCAGCAGACCCAUUACCAGAAGCUUCCAGGGUCAGCAGCUCGGCCUGAGGGAAACGCUGAUCUUAGACCUGUGGAUCCAGGAUAAAAAGCUUCAUGUGGAUCCAGUUAAAUCUAAGUGAGCUCAGAAAGACUCAAGGUCAGCAGGGAUAGACUAAAAGAGGGCGGAGUCAGAGUCACCUGAGACCUAACUGUCAUGAUGAUCCUCACGGACCCGCAGACCCACUCACAAUCUGAUCUGGAUCCAAGACUGACCCGGAGACUUUAAAGACAGUCGGUGUUUGGAUUUCCUGGCUUCCCUGAAUGCAUCAGAGAUGAUGGACCUGACCUCCAUCACAUAUAGACCCGGUUCUGUAAAUCCAGAUUUUCUAGUUUCUAGUGACUGGCACUUGAUCCUGGUUUGACUGAUAGAACCAGAACUUUACUCAGAGAACUUCUCUGCUUUUAUUUUGAAGGGACGGAGGGACGGCUGACAGGAAACAGCUGAUUUUAGUAUCAGGAUGUAUUUAUAGUCCUCAGCUCCUCAGAGUUUAAAUACAAGGAUCAUUUAUGAAUUCACAGAAUAAAAACAAAGAUUUAAAAUCAAACUUAAACUGUUUAAAUUUAAACGUCUUUUAAGAGAAUAAAAACGUCAUCUUUGAGGUUAAAAUCAUCGUCCUUCUGUUUGAUUCAAGGAUUCAAGGACCUUUAUUUGUCAUACCCCACACUUUUGACAGUCUGUAGUACGAAAUUAGUACCCAGGUCUGUUUCCAAGCCAAGAAUGAAAAUACAAUACAAUAAAUAAGAUAUAAUACAAUAGCUAAGAUGCAAUACAAUGAAGAGCAAAAUGUAAAAAACAGGAAAAUUAAAGUAGGCUGAAAAAAAUGAAAUGAAACCACCGAGUUGAUUUGUAGAUACCACCCGAACUGAGACGAGAUGAUUCUGAAAACUGUCAGUGGACAAACAUCUGAGAUCAGAUUUUCUCAGGUUUAUCUUUUUGAACGUUUGGACGUUUAAAGGACACGUCUCACUUGAACUAAAACCUCGAUUUGUUUCCUUUGAGUUUUUUCUACAGGUUUGAGUUCAGUGCAGCAACUCAGUUAAUCUUUAAUCUGGAUUGAGCAGCUCUGAAAUCUUGGACAGUGUUUGUGUGUGUCUGCAGCAGAGUUUGGUUUCUUCUCUUUGGUUGAAUAUUUGUGAAGUUUCCCUCGUCGUCGUCCUCCUCCGUCUGUACUGAUAUGUUGUGGCAGCAGACAGCACCGGCUCUGAAAACGUGUGCUUAUGUAAUGAGUCUUUGAGCUGAACAUUUCUAACUCUGAAGCUUUCAUGUGAUGACCAGGUCUGUAAAAGUUUCAUCUUCAUCAUCAUCUUCAUCAGAGAGUCCUCAAGUCACUCAAUUUGAUCCUGCAGCUCAUCAGACUUUACAGGAUUUCUUCAUUCUCUCAAACACGAGCAUGAAAAAAACCCAAAAAACUGAUCUUUAAAACUGAGGUGUUGAUGCUUUUAUUUCCUCUUGUUUAGAUUAUUGUAACGCCCUGCUCUCUGGCCAAAAAAAUUAUUACAAAAUUCAGCUGUAAGAGUUCUGACGAGGGCCAGAGGGCAAGAGAAUAUAACCCCAGUUUUAGCAUUGCUGCAUUGGCUCCCCGUCUGUUUCAGGAUUGAUUUUCAGGUUCUUCUUUUAUCAGUUUUUAGAUGUAUUCAUGGUCCUAUUUAUCUGACUUACUUUUACCAUAUCAACCCCCUCCGGCACAUGCCUUUUAACCUUUAAACCCAAAGUCAAAACAAAAACACACAGGGAGGCGGCGCUCAGUUUCUAUGGUCCCCGGUUGUGGAACAGCCUGCCGGAGAGCCUCAGGGCCGCAGAGACUGUUGAUAUUUUUAAGAAGAGGCUCAAGACUCGCCUUUUUAACCAGGCUUUUCACUAACUGCCUUUUUAAAUUUCUCUUAUUGCAAAUAUUCAUUUUAAUCUAAGUCCUUAAUGUUUAUUUCAUGUCAUUUAAUUUAUUAUCUCUGUUCUUAGUCUUUUUCUUUAUUCCCGUCAUAGAGGUUUUUAACUUCUUUUACCCCUUUUAUAUGGUAAAGAGCUCUUACUUAUUUGUUCAUUUAAGAUUAUUUUAUUGUUUUAGUCCAUCAGGUUUUACUCUUUCUUUUGACCAUUUUUUAUUUAAUUUACUUUAUUUAAUUUAAUUUAAUUUCUUUGUUUUAGUCCAUCAGGUUUUAUUCUGUCUUAUUACCUUUUUUUUUUUUAUUAUACUAUAUUUUAUUUUAUUUUAUUUUAUUGUUUUAGUCCAUCAGGUUUUAGUCUUUCUUUUAACCAUUAUUUAUUUAUUUUAUUUGAUUUUAUAUUAUUUUAUUGUUUUGUUUUAGUCCAUCAGGUUUUACUCUUUCUUUUGACCAUUUUUUUAUUUAUUUUACUUUAUUUUAUUUUAUUUCUUUGUUUUAGUCCAUCAGGUUUUAUUCUGUCUUAUUACCUUUUUUUUUAUUAUACUAUAUUUUAUUUUAUUUUAUUUUAUUGUUUUAGUCCAUCAGAUUUUAUUCUGUCUUAUUACCUUUUUUUUUAUUAUACUAUAUUUUAUUUUAUUUUAUUUUAUUGUUUUAGUCCAUCAGGUUUUAGUCUUUCUUUUAACCAUUAUUUAUUUAUUUUAUUUGAUUUUAUAUUAUUUUAUUGUUUUGUUUUAGUCCAUCAGGUUUUACUCUUUCUUUUGACAAUUUUUUUAUUUAUUUUACUUUAUUUUAUUUUAUUUCUUUGUUUUAGUCCAUCAGAUUUUAGUCUUUCUUUUAACCACUUUUUAUUUAUUUAUUUUAUUUUUAUUAUCUUUUAUUUUAUUGUUUUAAUCCAUCAGGAUUUAGUCUCAUCCUUCUACCUUUUAUCUCAAGUGUUUCCUAAAGGUAGCUCUUACCUCACGUAAUAUCUCAGUGUCAGGUCAUAUCUCUUUAACAAUAUAGAGUGCCUUGAAAAAGUCUUUAUACCCCUUGAACUUGUUCACAUUUUGUCACUCUACAGCUACAAACUCAAAAGUAUUUUAUUGGGAUUUUUUUUGUCAUAGACCAACACAAAGUAGAACAUAAUUGUGAAGUGGAACGAAAAUCAUACAUGGUUCUCAAAAAUUAAACAAAUAAAAAUCUGGAAAGUGUGGUGUGCAUUUGCAUUCAGCCCCCUGUACUCUGAAACCCUUAAAUAAAAUGCCUAAUUAGAAGUCACCUAAUUAGUUAAUAGAGUCCAACUGUGUGUAAUUUAGUAUCAGCAUAAAUACAACUGUUGUGUGAAGGUCUCUGUGCUUUGUUACAGAACAUGUGUCAACAAAGAGCUUCAUGAAGACCAAGGAACUCAGCAGACAGGUCAAGGAAAAAGGUGUGGAGAAGUUUAAAGUCUCACUUAGUGUUCACUUGUGUGUGUCUGUGUGGGUUUUAUUGUUGUUUAUUUGUUGUUUUUAGCCUCUGUGGGGAACUUUGAACAAUGUUUUUUGUCUGAAAAGUUCCAUAAAAAUAAAGUUGAAAUUGAAUUUAAAAUAUCAAACUGAAGAGGAAGAACAUUCCUGUGGAUCAGUCUGAUAUGAGCGGUCUGAGUCUUUCUGCAUGAACAGGAAACACGGGGACGAGGUUUAAGAUGGACCAAGAGCAGGAGUUUAAAGGUCUCAGUACCAGGACCGGAUCAAUCUGGAUCCUGAUAAUCCGACAGACUUGCUGUGAUUCAAGCCCAAACUUUUAUAGCUCCCACUGCGGACGUUCCGCAAUAAAACAAUAAAGCUGCGACAAUAACUUUUCAUCUGAGGAGGAGCAGCUUCACUUUAUUGAAUGGGGGUGGAGCAGCUGUGUUUUUCCUCAUCUUUAAUAACCUUCCGUUUUUAUUUCUUUCUUUAAAACACAUGAAGACGGUUUGUGUUUCAGCUGCACAACAGAGGAUGGUCAAAGAUUCAUCAGGUCAUGUUUUUGAAAAGUUCCUCUAAGUUCUCUUCAGUCUGAGGAUCAAAAUCCGAAUCAUGAUGACCGAAGUUCACGUCAGGAUUAUUGAUAAAGAUUAUCUUUGACUUCAGAUCUGCUACCAAUCUAUUCAAACAACCUUAGACCUCUUCUCUCCUCUCCUCUCUCUCCUCUUUGUUUUUCUUCCUCUGUUAAGUCCCCUCGUCUUUUCUCUUCUUCUUUUUCUUCAGUCUUUUUCUUCUUUUCCUCUCCUCCAUCAUUUCUUCCUUUCCUCUUUCUCCUCCCUUUGCUCCUCUUCUUCUAUUCUUCUCCUCUUCCUGGUUUGUCUCUCACUUUCUGUCUCUCUUUUCUGUUUGUGUGUUUCCUGACAGGUCUGCCUUACAUGGACAUGGAGUGA